UCCGCCCGUCCUCCCGGCCCGGCCCCAGCGCGCCGUGGCCCCGCCGAGAUGCUGCCCCUCUCCAUCAAGGACGAUGAGUACAAGCCGCCUAGGCUCAACCUGCUCAGGAAGGUGUCCGGCUGGUUCAGGUCCAUCCUGGCGGACAAGACCUCCCGCAACCUUUUCUCCUUCCUCUGCCUCAACCUCUCCUUCGCCUUCGUGGAGCUGCUCUACGGCAUCUGGAGUAACAGUUUAGGUCUAAUAUCAGAUUCUUUUCAUAUGUUUUUUGACUGUACUGCUCUACUGGCUGGAUUAGCAGCUUCAGUUAUUUCAAAAUGGAGGUCAAACGAUGCUUUCUCAUAUGGGUAUGUUCGAGCAGAAGUACUUGCUGGUUUUGUAAAUGGUUUAUUCCUCAUCUUUACAGCGUUCUUCAUUUUUUCUGAAGGUGUUGAGAGAGCACUUGAGCCUCCUGAUGUGCAUCAUGAGAGACUUCUUCCCGUUUCUAUACUAGGAUUCAUUGUAAAUCUUAUAGGAAUAUUUGUUUUUCAGCAUGGAGGUCACGGGCAUUCACACGGAGCUGGGCAUGAGCACAGUCAUUCUCUGUUUAAUGGUGGUCUCGGCCAUGGGCACAGCCACGGAGGUCAUGGGCACAGCCAUGAACAGAAACAUGCCCAUGGACACAGUCAUGGUCACGGCCAUGGGCACUCUCAUGGUCAGGAUUAUUGUCAUGAUGACCAUUCUCUUGAAGCAGUGGCUGGAUCCAGCAAACAGAUUUUACAAGGUGUAUUUCUACACAUUGUGGCAGACACGCUCGGAAGUAUUGGUGUGAUCAUAUCUGCUAUAUUGAUGCAGAACUAUGGUCUAAUGAUAGCAGAUCCUAUUUGUUCAAUGCUGAUAGCACUACUUAUAGGUGUAAGCAUUGUUCCACUUUUAAAAGAAUCCAUUGGGAUUUUGAUGCAGCGAACUCCUCCUUCCUUGGAAAAUGCCCUGCCUCAGUGCUACCAGAGGGUGCAGCAGUUGCAAGGAGUUUACAGUUUACAUGAUCCACAUUUCUGGACCCUCUGUACUGAUGUUUACAUAGGGACUUUGAAAUUAUUAGUAGCUCCUGAUGCUGAUGGAAGGUGGAUUCUAAGCCAGACUCACAAUAUUUUUACUCAGGCAGGAGUAAGACAGCUUUACAUACAGAUUGAUGUUGCAGCCAUGUAGUGAAUUUCUGGAAUUGUGCUGUUGGACCAAAGUUUUCAGUACUGUACUGGUACAACAACCUACUUCUCGAGACAGAGCCUGCCUCCACCACUGUUCUGGAAUCAACUGAAUACAUUUCUGCCCUUGGGCUAUGGGUGGAGUUCACUUCUAAGGAGUAAAUAUUGAAUGAAUGUUAUGGACUUGGGAUCUUGGUUUUUUUGGGGCCCUCAAACUUUUAAGUUUUUGAGGGUUUUUACUUAAUAAGAUUGCGGUACUGGAAACCCUGUCAUGUCUUCAGUAAAGCUGCUGAAACCACUGCUCAUUCCCAUAAAACCAGUGUUAUUGACAAUUGGAAACUUGUUUUGUAGAUGAUGUCACAAUGGCUGACAUGCUUCAAUAUAAUUGUAUGUUUGUACAAUUGUUUGUACUUUGCAAACUUAAUGAACCAAACCAUAUUGGGUUUUCAAAGUGCCUUUUAUAUCAGGAGAGCUAUUUGCCAGCACAAAUAUGGAGCAUCAAAGGGUUUUAUUACUUUUACAAAUAAUCUUGUAUGCAGUCUGAUUAUUUACUAGUGAUGUAUGGGGGGGGGUUGUGUACUUGCAUAACUGUAGAUGUUAGACUUCCAUUAUACUUGCAUCUUACCAGACAGAAGAAUUCUAAAUGUAAAAGACAAAGCUGUUGUGAAGAGACUUGCUUCCAAAACAAGCUGGGUAUUUUGUUACACAUGUCUUGUGAAAAUUAUUUUAGUCAAAAUAUUAAGAUUUAACUCCAAUUCUUAGUCUCUUCAUACUGUUGAAAGUAAUGAGACACUACAUGAUGCUACUCAUGUUUAUAGUCACUUAAGAAACAGACAGCUGAGGGAAGAUGCUGGUGAUGGAAGCAGUGCUUGAAGUUUUUUAUUUUCCAAAUCCUGAUGGAAAAAACUAAAUCUUGAAAUUGUUUGUGAAAGCUUAAAUCUCCUUGAUUUUAAUAGGUUGUAAUUUUAUUAAAGUGAUUGGUGAGAUAA